AUGGCAACUGAACUACCGAAAAGUGAUGCUGAUCGUUUAACACUUAGUCGUGCUCAGCAUCUUAAAACCCAUAAUAAUCGACUUAAAUCAGUAUCUGAUGAUGAAGUCGAUGCCAUAUCAGAUUGGUCAGAAUCCGAUCGUGAAUGUUGUCCAUUAAGUGAUUUUGAAUCAACAUCAAAUGUUGAUGGAAUUAAUGCUAGUAAUCAUUAUGAUGUAUCAUUUGAUGAUUAUGACGAUGAAAUCGAUCAAAGAUUACCUAUAGAACCAACAUUACUUGAAAAUGUUUUACGUUUAAAUGAAACACCUUUACCAAAAAUCAAUGAUAAUACAUCAACUACAUGUCUAUCGUAUUCAAACGAUACACAAAAACCUAAACAGCAACAACAAAUACGAGAACAAACAUCAACUAUAAAAACUAAAAAACUACCAAUACACAAUGAAAAACAAUUUCAAGCACCAUUAUUACCUGCUCGACGUAUACAUAAUAAACAAGUAUCUCCACAUCGUUCAACAGCAAAUGCUCAUGUAUUACCUCAAACAACAAAUCUUUCACGUAAUCAUAAAACAAUAACACCAAAUUCAUCACGAUAUUAUUUACAACGUGAAACAACAUCAACAAGCACAACUUCAAAUACUCAAUUAAUAACUGAAUCAACAUCAUCGCCUAAUAGUUCAUUUCAUAGUAAUGAGGAAAAUCAUAGUCAUCAACGACAUUUAGCAUCACCUAAUUUAAGUCAAACAUCAAUAACAAAUAGUUUUGUACCACGUGCAUAUGAAGUAAAAAAAUUAUUUGUUGAUGAUUAUGAUUAUGGUCGUUUAACUGAUGUAUCAACAAUAAGAACAAUACCAGCACGUAAUCGACAAAAAUGGGGUACAAUUGUUCAUCCACCAUUUCCAUUAGGAUAUCAGCAAGUAACUCCAGAACGAGUAACAAAAUCUGUUCAACGUCUUACAAGUCCUGUUCGAUGUCGUGAUAGACAUACACCUAUACAAACACCAUCAAAACGUUAUCUAUCUGUAGAAGAAACUGACGCUUUAAUAAAUCGAUUAACUAAAGUAAAACCAAUUCGAUCCACAGAUCAAUAUUGGCCGGUACAACGUCAAUCGCGAUCCGUUAAAAGUUUCAGUAAUGCUUUAAAAACAAAUAAUAAUUGGAAAGGGGUUGGUAUAUCAGCAUGA